AUGCACUUCAACAUUAUUCUCCUGGCCUCGAAUCUAGCCCUCUGGAGCAGCCUGGUGGUCGCCUCUUUAGGAGACCUCAGAAGCCCCGGUCCUGUAACCGGCUCCAGCCUGCUUGGAAAGCGGCUCGAGAAACUGGCCAGACGAGCUCAUGCGGUAACUGAGCGUGCUAUUACUGAAAAAACUGAUGAUAUUGCUAAGAGAGGAGGCCUGGGAGGCUUGGACCUUGGGGACAUGAUGGAUGAAUUACUUGGGAAAUCGUCUAGUUCCUCUGCAGUACCAACCCCAAUGCGAACUCCGACUCCGAUGUCCACGCCUGUCUCGAUACCAACUCCUACUCUUACCCCGUUUUACACGCCUAUCUCAAUGCCAACUCCUACUCCUACCCCUUCGUCUUCAUCCAGCCCGUUGAAAGCCGUGGAGAACCUCCUUCGUGCAAGACAGGGGGCUCCCCGAAGAUGA